AUGGUGCUGCUGGAACUGGAGGAUGUGGAGAAACAGAUCCGUGAUGUACUCCACAAGCAGGCCCAGCUGCUGGAGCGAAGAACCGCGCUGGAAACAUCUUGUGCCUCUGCCUACACAAGGGACCGUGCACCCAAGACUUUUCCAGCCGAGGUCUCCGUCAUCACGGACCUUGGGUGCACCAGCAGCAAAAGGCGAGAGCCUCUGGUGUUCGAGAUCCCAACCAGGAACCACUUCGCCCCUCUCCAUCAGACCAGAGCAAAUGCUGUGAUCGUCGGGGACUCCAUUGUGCGAAACGUCCGCAUCGCUUCAACAAAGGGUAAGGUGCACACACAUUGUUUUUCUGGUGCUCGUGUCCUUGAUGUCGCUGUGCAGGUGUCCGGGAUCCUGAAGAAGGACGAGCGCAUUGGAGCGGUCGUGCUGCACGCGGGGGUGAAUGACAUCAGGCUGCGGCAGACGGAGGUUCUGAAGAGGGACUUCGCCAGCCUGAUCGAGACGGUACCAGGCAGAUCACCCACCACGAAGAUCAUCGUCUCUGGACCUCUUCCCACAUACAGACGUGGAGCUGAAAAGUUCAGUAGACUUCUUGCUUUAAAUGACUGGUUAGUUUCUUGGUGUAAUGAACAGAAUCUGGUGUUUGUUAAUAACUGGAAUCUGUUCUGGGAGCAUCCUGGGUUGUUUCGUCCUGAUGGCCUGCACCCCAGCAGCCUCUGAGCGGAACUGCUGUCAGACAACAUCUCCAAGAUGCUACACACCAAGUGACUACCUACCGUAAGUACAUCUUCCUACAAUAACAUUAACGUACAAUAACGUUCAUUAUAAUCGAUGUUCAAUUAAUAGUCCAACACCUGUAGUACAUACUAUAGAGUCUGUGUCUG